AUGAGAAAAAAUGGAGAAAGAAUUUAUCCUUGUAUAUAUAUAGGCUGCGAUUCGAAAUUCAAUAGGCCAUAUAGGCUUGAACAACAUCUACUAAGUCAUUUAAAUAUAAAGCCGUUUCCAUGUCCGUGGGAAAAAUGCCAAAAGGGCUAUUCAAAUAAAAGUCACUUGAAUCGCCACAUAUCUAGUGCACAUGAAAAUGUUUCAACAAAUAUAGUUUACAGAUGUUCACAAUGCUUAAAAAGAUAUUCAAAUCGUCAAAACUUGAAGAAGCAUAUAAAGUUGAAGCAUGUAAUUAAUAACACUUUUGUAUGUGAUAUCUGCAAUGUGCAGUGUAAAAAGAAACACCAACUGAAUAGUCAUAUGUAUUUGCACAAUGGAGUUAAAGCUUUUAGCUGUGAAAUUUGUACAAAAGAAUUUGUAUCUCUACAUGAGAAAAAGCGACACAUGAGAGGCCACAAAACUUACACCUGUGAACAUUGCUCUAUAACAUUUAAUCAUUGGUCAAAAUAUCAGAGGCAUAAGAAAUCAGAACAUGAUGUGAAAGAGUAUAUAUGUAAUGAAUGUGGAAAAAAGUAUAAGCAAAGAAGUUAUAUCAUACGACAUUUAAAAACUCACUUUGGUGGCCAACUUGUGCGAAAAUUUUCUUGUCCAUACUCAAAUUGUUACAGGCGUUAUUCAAGAAAUAGUAAUCUCACACAACACAUCUUUACAAAACACAAGAACAUCAAACAUUUGUGUAAUAUUUGUCAUAUUGGACUUAGUUCAAAGGCUAAAUUGAAUGAGCACUUGAAACAUCACACAGAAGGUAACCACAUGAAAAAGGAACAUAAGUCCCUACCAACUGGAAGGAAAGAACGAAAAGACAAAGACUCCAUGAAAAUAUCCACAGCACUUAAGUUGGCUGGAAUUAAAAAAUUAGAAGAGAAAAGUAAUGCAAGUUGCGAUGAA